UCGCGAUGCGCAACUUCUCCCUCCCCAAGCCCCAGCCAGCCAUCUCCCUCGUCACCGAGAUCCAGUUCGGCAUCAAGCUCGAGUUCCGCGCUCCUCCCGUCUCCGCCUCGCACCCGUGGCCCGAAAUGUCCGACCGCGACCGCAGCCUCUUCUACUUCGCCUCUGCCCUGCAAAGGUCUGGCCUCCAGGCCGCCUUUCUCCUCGACAAGGAAGACUCCGGUGGCAUCCGCAAGGACAGCGAGGAUGAAGACGCUACAGAGGCACAAGGCUCACAACUCACCCAGGUCCCCAAUAGAUACAUCGUCAAGACCAAGCACAACCCCGACAUGUUCAUCAUGAACCCCCAAUCCUCCGCCCCCUGGAUCAACGCAGGUGCCAAAAACAACCCGCUGCUCAGAUACUGGCUGCUCAAGGCCGGGACAGAGAACAAGAGCGAGGUGGAACGCCAGGGGACGCACCUCAACUGGCACCCAAUGGAGCUCAGCAGCCCGAUGCUGCGCGAGUCCGAGGCAAACAACCUGUUCCCGGGCAUCAACACGGCCAUCUACGACCUCUGGACUGCGCAUCCAGCCAAGCUAAACACACAUUACGCCUGCGGCCUGCACGUUCAGGUCGGCCCGGCUGUCGUCCCAGACACUCAAACACCCCGACCGACCCUCACCACUCUUCAGGCACAGCGCGUGGCCACGCUCGUCGUCGUGCUUGAAGACAAGCUGCUCUUCCACCUCUGCCUGCCCAGCCGCCGCCGAGUUCACCACCAGCUCGCCACGGGCUCAGGCCUUGCCCACGCCCCCAACGCACCGGCCUCCGCCCUCGCAGAGGCAAACCUCCCCCCCAACAUCCUCACCGGCAGCGGCCCCGUCGAAAAGGCCAUCAAGCACCUCUGGACCGCCGCCGACAUCGACCAUGUCCAGCAGAUGCUCUCCCUCCACCCCCGCCGCACCCGCGACAGAGAGGCCCGCACCACGGCGCUGCACAUUGUCGCCCACGCGCACGAGGACGAUGCCGGCGGCGGCGUGACGCACGCGCUCGAGUUUCGGCACGCGCAGGCUGCCUUCAGCCAGGGCUUCGUCGACAACUGGACGCGGCUGGUGCUGACGGUGUGCAAGGCGGCGUUCCUGCCCGCGGAGAGGUUCAAGCUGCUCGUGGCCAUGCUCUAGGAGACGGCGCGGACGGCGGCGCGGGCCGAGGACGCGUGGAGGACGCUGCUCAAGCUGCUCAACGACUUUGCGCCGGUCAACUGGCAUGCGAGGAGCAGCGAGCAGUUU